UUGAACAAACAUCACUUUGUCCCGCAUUCAGUGAAUGCCAUCAACCGCUCCUAAACAACUACUCACCAACAUUGAGUUAUACAUCAACGGAUUUGACAUCUCGGAAUAGCAUCAAGACAAACUGUGAAAGAAGCGAUAUAUCCCAAUCUCAGCCAGCCAUAUACGCAAGACAGGAAGGUAGCCAUGGUAACAACAGCCGCCGGAGCGCGCCCAGAUGACUCGCUACGGCCCAAGAUCGGCAUCAUCUCGUUGGGGGACAUGGGCAGCGGCCUGGCGCGGCUGCUCGUGGCCCGGGGCUUCUCUGUCGCUACGAACUGCUCGGGCCGGAGCCAAGACACCAUCGACCGAGCGACGGCGGCGGGGGUCGAGCUGCUCGCGUCCGACGCAGCCCUCAUCGACGCCUGCAACGUGAUCCUGUCGGUCGUCCCGCCGCGCGACGCCACCGCCACGGCCCAGCGCAUCGCCGACGCCCUGCCCGGCGCCAGCAAGCGCUCCGCCCCGCUGUACUACGCCGACAUGAACGCCGUGUCGCCGGCCACGGUGCGCGCCAUCGCCGCCUUGUUUUCUUCCCCCGCCACAUCGUCAUCCUCACCCGUGGAAAUACGCUUCAUCGACGGCAGCAUCCUCGGCGGGCCGCCCGCGCCACCAGAAUCAACCGGCCCCAGUGCCGACGUGAGCGAGUGGUACCGGCCCCUCCUGCCGACAUCCGGGCCGCACCAGCUCGCCGACGCCAGCGCGCACCUGGCAUUGACCCUGCGCGCGAAGCACAUCAGCCCCGACAUUGGCGCGGCAUCCGGGCUGAAGAUGUGCUUCGCGUCGCUGAGCAAAGGGUUCGCCGCCGUGGCCAUCCAGAGCAUCACGACGGCACAGCGGCUCGGCGUGCUGCCGGACCUGCUGUCCGCGCUGGCAGACCUCGCGCCGGCGACGCUCGCGCGCGCCGAGCGCACGGUCAUCGCCGUGCCGCCCAAGGCGUACCGCUGGGUGGCCGAAAUGCGCGAGAUCAGCGCCACGCAUGCUGUUAGUGGCGGGUUCGCGCCCGAGCGCAUUUUCGCGGGUGCGGCGGACGUGUUUGCUGCCAUGGCGGAUGACACCGUGCUUGGGCAGGAGAAGGUCGGGCGGAGGAAGCGUGGGACUACGGUGGAGGAUGUCGCGGAUGCGAUGGCGGAAGGCUUGGAGCGCAAACGGAAGAAGACGGAGUAAGUGGGUGGUGGUUUGUUGGGAAAGGUGAAGGGGAAGGGGAAAAGGGGGUGGUUCGAUGGCUGGUGCGCAGACGCUGGUUUGGCUCAGGUUUGUCUGUCUGUCUAUAUCUAACAAAAUAAAAUGCUUUCCGAGGCCCUGUUUAUUUAUGCUCUAGCCACUUCACUCGAUGGAGGAGCAUAUCCAAGAAAUCGAUGCUCAAGGGGUAGGGGUAGGGGUUGGGGGUUGGAUGGAAAAGGGGCCCGAACCACAAGC